AGGCGGGGGCAGAGGGCUCGUUCCCGCCCCCGCCGUUUCAGUUUUCUAAUAGGUCCGUAAAACUGAUAUAUAAGAGGCUGCAGCCCAGGGUUAAGCGGUGGAAGAGGUUAGGAGUCGCUGUUAGUCAUGUCUGGUCGAGGCAAAGGUGGAAAGGGCCUGGGAAAGGGGGGCGCCAAGCGUCAUCGUAAAGUUCUCCGUGACAACAUCCAGGGCAUCACCAAGCCUGCUAUCCGCCGUCUCGCCCGGCGUGGUGGUGUGAAGCGUAUUUCUGGCCUUAUCUAUGAGGAGACCCGCGGGGUGCUGAAGGUGUUCUUGGAGAAUGUAAUCCGCGACGCUGUCACCUACACCGAGCACGCCAAGCGCAAGACUGUCACCGCCAUGGACGUGGUUUACGCGCUCAAACGCCAGGGACGCACUCUCUACGGCUUCGGCGGCUAAGUUUCAUUGCGGUCUUCGGCUGUGAAGCUCUUGUUACUCACAAAAGGCCCUUCUCAGGGCCACCCACUUGGUCACAGGAAGGGCUGCUAACUAGCACAAAGGAGAAACAAAGUUCAUAGAUCCUCCUUGAGCCGUCUCUUCCAGAGUGUGCCGUAAAUGGUGAGACCUCUUGGCACCCCGGAAAUUGAAUAUCAGCUGAAAUGGAGCAGAAUAUGCCGCCCCAAAAUAUGCCACUUUGGCAUAAGGAUUAUUUUGAGCUAAGGCGCUUGAAAAACAGCUAAUGAAAGAAUGGGGCUGUGAUCUCCCCUUUUCUUCCCGAAAGCAGAUAAUUAUCCCAUGUGAAACGUGCCAUCCCUAUACCAGGAGGAAAUGAACAUUCUUAUCACCAGAAAUGGGGAGUCCAGGAUGAGAGAAUCUAUACAAACAGACCUUGUUAAAAUAAUCCUUAUCUUCCUUUAGUCUCCCCAUAUAUUUUAAUUGCUAUUUCACAAUUACUACUCUUUGUUCAACCUAGUAUAUAAGCACUUAGGCUUAACUGCU